UUGACAUUAUGGCGGAGAGGCAGGCAGGCCUCGACGCGUUCGACUCGGUAGAUAUCAUCGCAUUCAAAAAUGCCUUAACAGAUCUUCGUUCUGCACAUGAAACCAUGGACGACACCUUCAGUCGUCCGGGUGCACAGCUUGCAGACAAACAGGCAUUCACCAAUAAGACAGGAAACCUGAUCACAGCCUACCCUGUAUUGGUGGAUCUUAGGAGACUGGUCCAGUUAUGUCCCAGCAACACGUCUGCUGCUCUGACAGGCGACGAAGGCAUCAUUCCCGGGAUAUCCAACACCGACCUGCUGCAUGCUGUUGUGGGAUUGUAUGAUGUAUCAUUGUCAGAGAUGACCCCAGAUGUCCUCUACUCCACUGUAUGUGAGAAAUGGGCCAGAACCAUUGUUCUAGUCAGAGACCUCAAAGAAACUGUGACAUCAUUGAAAGAAAAGAAAAGUCAAAAGAAGACUGAUAAGGACAAUGAUGAUGACACGGAAUCAAAGGAGUCCAAAUCAGAGGAGGAAGAAGGAGAAAAGGAGGACAAAUAUGAGGAGGAAGAACAACUCCCAAGCAAGUUUGCUGAUGUAUACAGUGACACAGAGUCUGAGGAAGAGGAUCUGGAGGAAGAUGAUGAUGAAGAAGAUUUUUCUAAGGGAAUAAACACAUUCAUUAAAAAGACAGUAGAAAGGAGGAAGGGGAGAAAAUCUGAGGACAAUGAAAUAAAGGAGGAGCAGAUCGGAAUAGAGAAUCGCAUCAUCGGCUGUAUUACAUUUGAAAAGAAAUAUGUGCGACAGCGUGAUAGAGUGAUCCACCUCACACUUCUAUCUGUCAGACGUAGACAAAGGAAGUUUGGCAUCGGCAAAUACCUACUACAG